AUGCCUGCGCCGCAGACAAAGCGCCGGCGCUGUGUCGUGCUCGAGGACGGCACAACCAUCGGCUGUCACCAACGCAACGUCCACGAGACGCACAUCGUCGUGCUCGAGCCUGCGGGCCACACGUACUUGUACAUCCAGCCGGAUGGGACUCAGACGCGGCACUUGACGUCCGCUGCGCUGUCCAGUCAGCGAACAACGGUCAUCGACACACUCAAUCUGCGCAACCGCUUUUCGAGCCACUUGCCCUAUUUAUGUCGUCGACUGCUGGACACAAAAGAUGUGCGGUAUCAGCGACGGAUUAGCACACAACGGGCGAGGUGGCCGUUACACCAGGGGAAGGUCAAGGUUGCAACCCUGUACAACAGUCUGGCGAAAGGUUUUGAGCUGCAGUCGAUGGAAGGAGCGGCUAAAGUGCGAUUACACGCGAGUGGUCAGGUGGUCGAGUUGUAUUACUCGAUAGAGGUCAAAGCAUCUGACGAUGACGGAAAGGAGGGGAGCAGCGAUUGUGCACACUACACCACACUGCGUCAGUCGUUUGCAAUUUCGCAGACGCCCGCGAGCUUUGACUUUCCAGUGCGCUUCUUGUCAGCAGCUCGAGCAGCAUGGGAAGAAGAUCCGGAAGCAGAGAUUGAGUAUGCGCGAUAUGACGAGGAGACGAGUGUGCGUACGAGAGUGUCGCUGUUGCCUGGGAACGGCGCCUUUGCUGCGCGUCCAGCCUUUGCAGUUCUUGUGGCAGGCAACGAUUCAGGGGGCGGUGCUGGUGAAAAGGGUCUGACUCUGGCGGAGAUACUGCGAGUUGCUGCGCUUCCGUCCAAGAUGUUGUACCGUCGUGUUAUGGUAGAGGUGAUUGGCGAAGAGGCGACGCUGUUUGUGUCACGCAAGUCGAGCCACAUUCAGCCAGAAGUCGUGGUACGCUUGGACCAGGACCACUCGUUGUUGACGGCACGUGACGGGUUCUUCAGCUGGUACGAUGAGGCUGGACGACUGCAGCACCGGUUCACGCGCGAGACGAUUCCGCCGUCAUCUGCGUUGGACACGGAGCGCACCAGCAUUUCCGUCGUCUCUAUAUGUCAGCAUGUCGACUUCGUGCUCCAGGCUUUCAAGUACGCGUCCGAAACACUUCAGUUGAACCUGUCGCCGUCACCUCUACUGCAGGAUGAGAUCAAGCUCGUGGAAGAGGUUGAAAACAAGGCCGGACGCUUUCGUGCGUUCUGCGAUGGCCGCAUCCGCGUUGCUUUCGCAGACCGCACCAUCCUGCAAGUCGAACGCGGUGGCGACCUCUGUUCCUUUUUGUUUGCUGACGGUAGCGCGAGCCAGACGACACUGCCAUCAGCGCCGCUUCGACAUCGUGUCUACAUCUAUCAGGCGCUGGAAUUCGGCGAUUGGGCGUUUUCGACUCACGAGCAGCGCAUGCAGCGUCACGUGGAGCGGCAAGAGGCGCAGACGAUCGUUGCACAAGAGCUCCAGCGGAUCAGCGUGUGCUGCAAGAUGAACAGCGGUCCGAGCUUGCGGCUGAAGUGCAGCGGGAAAAAAACUGUGUCGCAGAUCGGUGCGGUUCGCGGCAUGGACGGACAAACGCCAUUGCCAGCGCUAUCGCUAGUUGAGGUACAAAGGCUCCAGGCGGCUACACUGCAGCACAUCGUCAGCGUUGAUCACGCACUGCAUGAUGCUGCUGCGUGUGUGGCACCUUCUACCCCGACCAGCACCGUCAACGACUAG